CCCCUGAGUCAGCUACUCAUACAGCAUUUUGAUGAAAAAUUGCAUCACCCCGGUCCUGAAAGAGUAUAUGCUGAGAUCCGCCGGCAAUACUGGAUUUUGAGAGGACGAGAGGCUGUAAGAUAUCAUCAACAUAAGUGUACCGAGUGUAGAAAAUGGCGAGGUAAACCUGAGAUCCCCCGUAUGGCUGAUUUACCCCCUGCUCGCCUUCGACUUUACAAACCUGCAUUCUACUCAACUGGUGUAGACUGUUUCGGACCUUUCAUAAUCAAAGUGGGGCGGCGCAACGAGAAACGGUGGGGAAUUAUCUUUAAAUGUAUGACGACUAGAGCGGUAUACAUUGAUGUGCUAACCAACAUCAGCUCGGACUCAUUCCUCAUGGCUCUACGCCGAUUUAUUGCUCGAAGAGGAAAACCCCAUGAGCUCUUUUCAGACCAGGGUACUAAUUUCAAGGGAGGUGAGAGAGAAAUAACAGAAGCAUUCAACAACUUGCAACCUACCCUGAAAAGCCAACUUGCAAAGCAACAGAUUGAAUUUCACUUUAACCCACCUGGAGCUCCCCAUUUUGGGGGUAUAUGGGAAAGAGAAAUCAGAUCCCUGAAAGCUGCACUCAACCAGACGCUCGGAGCACAACAUGUGUCAGAGGAAGUACUAACAACAGUGCUGGUAGAGAUCGAGGGAAUUCUCAAUUCCAAGCCGUUGGGCUAUGUGCCAUCCGAUGUGGCUGACAUUGACCCUAUAACUCCAAAUAGCCUUCUAAUGGGGCGGCCUGACUCCAGCUUGCCACAAGUUGUCUAUCCAAAAACAGAACUACUGAGCAAGAAGCAAUGGAGACACAGUCAAAUACUGGCGGAUCAUUUCUGGGCACACUUCAUAAAGCGCUAUCUGCCUCAACUACAGACUCGGGCAAAAUGGAUGACUGACAAGGCCAAGAAUCUGGAGAAAGGGACAGUAGUGAUAAUAAUCGAUUCACAACUUCCCAGAGCUCUCUGGCUUGUGGGUAAGAUCACUGACACAAUACCUGGAGCAGAUGGAUGUAUAAGAACUGCUGAAGUACAAGUGGGUGAUCGCAAAUAUGUUAGACCUGUGAGUAAACUGAUCCGUUUACCACAGUUACCAGAUGAUGACAAUUCUUAGGCCUUUUCUGUAGUAAAUUUACUAAGUAAAUUGGGGCGGCUGUUGAAAAGGCCAGGUAUAUCUGGCGUUCUGAUUUGAUGCUGGUUUGAUUGACAGCUGGGUCUGGCCCGCCCAGAAGACUCAUAUCAUUUCCGUUCCUGUAGCCGGACAUUGCAGUUCAAUACAUUCUGGCUAACAGCUCGAUGCAGUGGCUUAUUGUGUGUGCGUCAUGAGAAAAAAUACCACACACACGCAUGUGCCUUUAUGACUGCAAAUAAAUGCUGUAAAAACAUCAGCUAACUACAAAGCCUGACUUGUGCGUUCUUACCGACGCCCCCUGGUGAUCACAUCAUAAAUAGUAAAGCCAGUGCCAUUUAACAAACUCACGAA